AAAAGGAAACCAGAGAAAUCGAAACUGCUCAGGAAGGAGAGUCCAGGGAUCCCAGACCCGGUUAGCCUGUCGGCCUCACCCCAGCCAUGAACCACAUGUCCCAGCCCCUGCAGCCCGGCUUCCCCCGGGGCAGCUGUGAGGUGCUCAGGGAGGAGCACGAGGUGGCCGUGCUGGGGGCGCCCGGCAGCCUGGCCCCCGGGGCCACCACCGUGGUCACCAUCCAGCCCGAGACCGCCGUGCCCGACCACGUCGUGUGGUCCCUCUUCAGCGCCCUCUUCAUGAACUUCUGCUGCCUGGGCCUCGCGGCCUUCGCCUACUCCGUGAAGGCCAGGGACCGGAAGAUGGUGGGCGACAUCCUCGGGGCCCGGACCUACGCGUCCACCGCCAAGUGCCUGAACAUCUGGGCCCUGUGCCUCGGCCUCCUCCUCAACGCCGGCCUCAUCGCGCUCCUGGUAUUGGCCGGCCUGUCCGUUUAUGCGGCUGUCCAGCACAGCAGAGGCUACUAGCGGCUGUCCGGCCCACCAGCCCUUUCACCGUGGCCGUGCCCGGUUGCCAUUCUAAGACGGGCCUGUGGCCACCAAGUCAGUAAAUGCCUCUCAUCCACAGGCUGUGUCCGGCAUGUCAUUGGCAUUAGAGAGCAGACCACCCCCCCACCACCACGGGGGCGGCACAGCCCGCGGCAGGACCCAGCGUCCCUUGGAGACACAGGGGGGCUCUCCCCAGAACAGGGGCCCCAAGUCCACAUCCACACCAGUGGAGAGCCACACCCCAUAGCCCCUGUGCCGUGGGGGACACAGGUCUGCUCCCCUGCCUCUCGCGGGGCGACCACAGAGCCGACACCCCAGGUGACCGGGUCCAGGGGGAGUGGACAUGUGAGUGGGAAUCAGCCCUGCAGCAACGGCUCUGACCGCCUUCCCCUGGCGGCUCCCCACACCCCGGCGC